AUGUGCAAGCCGGUCAAUGCGGCAACCAGAUCGGAUCAAAGGUACUGUCGAACACCGGAACUAUUUGGUCAGUCAGUAACAUUGGCAUAUUUCCAGUUCUGGGAAGUGAUCUCUGAUGAGCACGGUAUCCAGCCCGAUGGAACAUACAAAGGAGAAUCAGAUCUGCAAUUAGAAAGAAUCAAUGUGUACUACAAUGAAGCACAUGGAGGCAAGUAUGUUCCACGUGCUGUUCUUGUUGAUCUCGAGCCUGGAACGAUGGACUCAGUUCGUUCUGGACCGUAUGGACAGCUUUUCCGUCCAGAUAAUUACGUGUUUGGCCAGUCAGGAGCGGGUAACAAUUGGGCGAAGGGCCACUAUACUGAGGGAGCCGAGCUAGUUGAUAACGUAUUAGACGUUGUCCGCAAAGAAGCUGAAGGUUGUGAUUGCCUUCAGGGCUUCCAAUUGACGCAUUCACUUGGAGGAGGCACUGGAUCUGGAAUGGGCACUUUGUUAAUUUCAAAAAUUCGUGAAGAGUACCCUGAUAGAAUUAUGGCUUCGUUCUCCGUUGUUCCAUCACCCAAGGUGUCCGACACUGUCGUAGAACCCUACAAUGCUACCCUUUCCGUCCAUCAACUGGUAGAGAACACCGAUGAAACAUUCUGUAUUGACAACGAAGCUCUGUAUGAUAUCUGCUUCCGCACUUUGAAACUCACAAAUCCAACCUAUGGAGAUCUCAACCACCUUGUGUCUGUCACAAUGUCUGGAGUCACGACCUGCCUUCGAUUCCCUGGACAACUGAAUGCUGAUCUUCGCAAGUUAGCUGUUAACAUGGUUCCAUUCCCUCGUCUUCACUUCUUCAUGCCCGGUUUUGCUCCACUGUCUGCAAAGGGUGCUCAAGCAUAUCGCGCUUCGACAGUUGCUGAGCUUACACAGCAAAUGUUCGAUGCAAAGAACAUGAUGGCUGCCUGUGAUCCUCGCCAUGGACGUUAUCUUACGGUCGCUGCUAUGUUCCGCGGUCGUAUGAGCAUGCGGGAAGUAGACGAUCAGAUGAUGUCCGUACAGAACAAGAACUCAUCAUACUUCGUGGAAUGGAUUCCAAACAACGUCAAGACUGCCGUUUGUGACAUUCCUCCUCGUGGACUGAAAAUGGCGGCUACGUUCGUUGGUAACUCGACUGCUAUCCAGGAGCUGUUCAAGCGUAUUUCGGAGCAAUUCACUGCCAUGUUCCGACGCAAAGCUUUCCUUCAUUGGUACACUGGUGAGGGUAUGGACGAAAUGGAGUUCACAGAAGCUGAGUCGAACAUGAAUGACCUUAUCUCCGAAUACCAGCAGUACCAGGAAGCUACCGCUGACGAUAUGGGCGAUCUCGAUGCAGAAGGCGGAGAAGAGGCAUAUCCCGAGGAGUAG